AUGGCCGCACCCAAGCGCGCCUCUCUCGCACCGCCCCCGCCCUUCCUCACCCCGUCUCGCAAUGCGCUCCACUCGGCUCUCGCCGCCCUUCAAGAACGCGAAUACCUCCGCCGCGCCUCGAUCAGCGACACGCGCCCUCGCCACGAGCCGGCGCAAGGCCGCACUGCCGGCCAGGCCAACACCGGCGAGCGAGACUGGUUCGCCGUCGGGGCCGCCUCGAGCCGCACCAACCGCGACAAGAACCGGUACGGCGACAUCCUCGCGUACGACCGCACCCGCUGCCUCCCGCCGCUCCGCACCGCCGCCGCCCGCGACGAGGCCGGCUAUGUCAACGCGUCGCUCGUGCGCGAGCCCGAUCUCGGCUUCGACGACGACGUGCUCCCGAGGCGGUGGUGGGUCGCGGCACAGGCGCCCGUCCCACACACCGUGCACGACUUCCUCUCGCUCCUUCUGUCCCCGCCAACCUCCCUCUCGCACCAGGCCUCGGGCCCGAGCGAGCCUCUCCCUCUCGUCAACCUCGUCGUCCAGCUCACGCCCCUCGUCGAGGGCCGCCGGCAAAAGUGCCACCCGUACUUCCCGACCGACUUCGGCGCGACGGCACGACUCGCGAGCGCGAGCGGCGAGGCGGGGCAGGGCGUGUGGGUGCGGCUCGAGGGCAAGGAGGAGCGAGACGGCGCGAGGACGAGCGAGCUGCGGGUGGGUCGGGAGGGCGACGACCAGGGUCGACGAGUCGUCCACGUCGAGUACCUCGGCUGGCGAGACCACGGCGUCCCCGACUCGCCCGCCCACCUCGUCCGCUUCAUCCACCGCAUCCACGCCCUCAACGCCUCGCUCUCCUCGCCAGGCCCCGCCGCCCCCAUCCUCGCCCACUGCUCCGCCGGCGUCGGCCGCACGGGCACCCUCCUCGCCCUCUCGUCCCUCCUCCCGCUCCUCUCGCACCUCGCGCGCGCACGCCCACCGCUCUCGUCCCUCCCCCUCCCGAGCGAGGACGACGCGCACCCGCUCGGCGCGUACCCGGCGCAGCGCAUCCUCGGCGGCGGGCCCGGCGCGGUCGACUACGUCGGCCUGACCGUCGACGGCCUGCGCGACCAGCGCACGACGAUGUGCCAGACGGCCGAGCAGGUCCAGUGGGUGUGGGAGGCCGCGAGGGUUGCGUGGGACGAGGGGCUGCUUGACGGCUUUGAGGAGGCGGACGAGGAGUGA